AUGGACGAUUGGAGCAAAGAAACUGGACUGGUGCUGGAAUCCCGGAGUUCCAUGGUGACGGGGGAGAGCCGGGGGACGCUGCUGGACGGUGGCACCGAUCCACGCUCCUGGCUGGCUCCUGGCGCCUGCGCAGACACUUCCACCGAAUACCUGCGGCUGUCACCCUGCCCGAGCAUCGGCUCAUAUCCCGAGAGCGGGUCUCCAUGCUCCGUCGGACACCCGAGCCCUCCAAGCUACAGGAAAACCUCCAAGAGUGUCUCGGCCUCGUCGCUCAAAGUCAGAGAGCUGUGCCGUUUGAAAGCCACCUUCUCCGGCCAGCAGGCUGCGGAGGACCCGACCUUGCGGCACCGAGCUCCCUCCAGCAAACCCGCCAACGGCGUCCAGAAGCAGAGGCGCGUCGCCGCCAACGCUCGCGAGCGCAGACGCAUGCACGGACUUAACCACGCGUUCGACGAGCUGCGCAGCGUCAUCCCCGCGUUUGACAACGACAAGAAGCUGUCCAAGUACGAGACGCUGCAGAUGGCGCAGAUUUACAUCAACGCAUUGGCGGACCUGCUGCAGGGGCCGAACACCUCCAGCAGCUGCGGGUCAACCUCGCCAAAAAGUGACCUCUCCACAGACUCGCCCACAGACUCCACCUCUGGUUUACCUGUCCACGUCGGAGGGGUUCCGUUCCGCGCUGCCUUCGAUGACGCGUCUUUUAGCACCAUCGUGGAGGAAGCCAUGUGCUCGCCCACCUCCUCAACGGAGACGGAGGGAGGAAGAAAGGCGUCCCCCCGCAGCGACGGAGAGUUCUCCCCGCACUCGCACUUCAGUGACUCGGACGAGAUAGUGAUGGAGCUGCACUCGAGUGAAGACGACGACAUCCCGGAGAUAAAGCUGCACCAGCAUCAUCUCCUGUCUUUCUGA